AUGGUUGGUUCAGUGCUGCUGGAGAGGAUGAUGGAGGAGAAAGACUUUGACGGAUCCUUCGAAGCCACCUUCUUCACAACCUCCAAUGUUGGUGGUCAAGGACCCAACGUGGGACAAAGCAGCCCACCUCUCGUGGACGCGUUCAGCAUUGCUGACUUAUCCGCCAUGGAUGUCGUAGUUUCCUGCCAGGGAGGUGACUACACCAACGAAGUUCAUCCCAAGCUGCGUCAAUCUGGAUGGAAAGGAUACUGGAUCGAUGCUGCUUCUGCUUUGAGAAUGAAGGAUGAUGCCAUCAUCGUGCUGGAUCCUGUAAACCGGGCGAUGAUCGACAAAGGUCUUCAGGAUGGCAUCAGGGACUAUGUCGGUGGAAACUGUACAGUCUCACUCAUGCUGAUGGCGCUCGCGGGACUGUUCGAGAAGGGAUGGGUGGAGUGGAUGACCUCGAUGACGUAUCAAGCAGCGUCAGGAGCUGGUGCAAAGAACAUGAGGGAGCUGGUCCUGCAGAUGGAGAAGCUCGGGGCUGUGGAUCCUGCGUUGAAGAAUGAUCGCGCAAACAUCCUGGACCUCGACAGGGCCAUCACGAAGGUCUACCAGGAGGAUUCUUUCCCUAAGGAGAACUUCGGAGCCCCGCUGGCGGGAGCGCUUAUCCCAUGGAUCGACAAGGCCAUGGAGAACGGUCAAACCAAGGAGGAGUGGAAGGGGAUUGCAGAGACCAACAAGAUCCUCGGGACUUCACAGACUAUCCCGAUCGAUGGCCAGUGUGUCCGCAUCGGCGCCAUGCGCUGCCACAGCCAGGCCAUCACCAUCAAGCUCAAGCAAGAUGUCCCGAUGGACCAGAUCGAGGCUGCGAUCGCAUCGCACAACCAAUGGGUUCGCGUCAUCCCCAACACGAAGGAGAGCACCGUCGCCGAGCUCUCGCCAGCUGUCGUCAAUGGGAAGCUGAUUGUCCCGGUUGGAAGGCUGAGGAAGAUGACCCUGGGCCCGGAGUACUUGACUUGCUUCACGGUCGGAGAUCAGCUGUUGUGGGGAGCUGCUGAGCCUGUCAGAAGGAUGCUGAAGAUCGUUCUCUGCCACAUGGAAGGGAAGAGAUGGCAGUAA